AUGGAGGAGUGGGAGUAUUUAGAAGGACACAAGGAUCUCUACAAGGACGUCAUGAUGGACAAUCAGCCGCCCCUCACAUCACCGGAGUGCGGGAGAUGGUUCCUAUUUAACUCCGGACUCAUAGCACAUAAAAGAACUCACACGGGGGAGAAGCCGUAUUCCUGUGCUGAGUGCGGGAAACGUUUCCUUUUUAAAUCCAACCUUAAAGUACAUCAGAGAUCUCACACAGGAGAGAAGCCGUAUUCCUGUCCCGAGUGCGGGAAAUGUUUUUCACAGAAGUCCAAUCUUUACAGCCAUCAGAGAUUGCACAGGGGGGAGAAGCCGUAUUCCUGUCCCGAGUGCGGGAAAUGUUUUUCACAGAAGUGCAAUCUUUACACUCAUCAGAGAGUGCACACAGGGGAGAAGCCGUAUUCCUGUCCUGAGUGCGGGAAAUGUUUUUUCACAGAAGUCCUGUGUUAA